UUUGUAGCUUUUUUAUUCUCUUUUUGAAUCGUUGUACAAAAAGGUGGAGUCUGAUGAACUUAGGUUUAUUGUCGGUAAAAGCAUUUUGAGCGUCACAAGAUAUGUACUUAUAUAUGAUGGAAGAAGCAAGAAUAUUCUAUAAAGACAGUACAAGAUAUGACAUCAGCCAUAGCAAAGAAAAAACAUGCUAAGUACUUCCAAAGGAUUCUCCAACUUGUGCCUAGCAGGCUGGCAAUGUUUGACAGGAGCAGAUUGACAUUUGCAUUCUUUGCUAUAUCUGGACUUGAUAUAUUGAAUUGUUUGGAUGAAAUGAGUCAUGACGAACAACUUCAAGCCAUCGAGUGGAUAUAUAGACUUCAAGUUUCCGAUAGUGGAUAUCGUUCAGGCUUUGAACCAUCUACUACUAUACCCAAGGAAGCUCCAAAUUAUCAGUGUGGUCAUCUUGCUAUGACAUAUACAGGAUUGGCUACUUUACUUAUUUUGGGUGAUGACUUAAGCCGUGUCGAUAGAAAGUCCUUGAUAAAAGGAAUAUCUGCUUGCCAAAAUCCUGAUGGAUCAUUCACAGCAACAAGAGUUGGAUGCGAAAGUGACAUGAGGUUUUUAUAUUGUGCCUGUUGUGUUUCGGCAAUUUUGGAUGAUUGGUCUGGUAUUAAUAAACAGAAGGCCAUCGAUUACAUAUUGAAAAGCAUUUCGUACGAUGGAGCCAUGGGUCAAGGUCCAGGACUCGAAUCCCAUGGAGGAUCAACAUUCUGUGCAGUCGCUAGUUUAUUUCUUAUGGGAGAGCUACACAACGUUUUAUCCAAAGAACAGCUGAAUCGUUUAAGGCACUGGUGUCUUAUGAGACAAGACGGUGGUUUCCAAGGCAGGCCUGGAAAACCUGCAGAUACCUGUUAUAGUUUUUGGAUUGGUGCUACCUUGCAACUGCUGGGUGUUAGUCAUUUAUCUGAUCCUGAAUGUAAUAGAAAGUUUGUCCUGACAACUCAAAACACCUUAAUAGGUGGUUUUGCGAAAUUCGAAAUUUCACAAGCAGAUACGGAUCCUCUGCACACAUACUUGGGUUUAUCUGGCCUAAGUCUCUUAGGAGAAGCCGAUUUACAAGCGAUGAAUGCCGCCCUCAACAUCUCCCAAAGAGCUUACAAUCGAUUACAAGACAUCCACAAACGAUGGCGAAGCAAGUCGGAGCAUUCAUAACUAUACAAUUUUAAUUAAAUCAUAUUAUUAAUUAUGAAACGCACAUAACAGGGUAAAUUGGUAGAAACAAGAUCAUUAUCCUGUGAAAAAGUAAACCUAUCGUUUUGCGGUAACGCGUUAUUGAUAUCACGCGAUAAUUAUAUUCUACAUUCGUCAAUUAACGGUGAAACAAGAACACAAAAACAAAGACAGCGAAUGUUUACGAAUUACUUUUUUCGACAAGUUUUUAAGUCUUUUACGUUAUUCGUUGAGAUUUCCAUAUCGAUCGCAGAAAACACGCGCCCGUGCCUAUUCCAUUAGAGAUGCGAUUACUGUAAGAUCUAAAUAAACACAAAAAAUCAA